CGAUCGUUCCUCUUAGUAAUUUCCUCUUUCCUCUCUGCAGGAAUCUCAAUGCCGAUCCCCGUUCUUGGCCUCCGAGAUCACUCCAAGGUCUUCAAAGAUGGCAGCUGCUUUCUGACGGACAACAACUUUGUGCUGGUCGGUUCCUUCGUGGCCUUCUUCGUGCCGCUCACCAUCAUGGUGGUCACCUACUUCCUCACCAUCAGGGCUCUUCAGAACGAGGCCACGCUUUGCCUGGAUCAGCUGGUGCCUCGUCCCAAAUGGAGCACGACGUUCACUCUGAGUUUCCUCCCGCAGAACUCAAUGUCCUCAGAGAAACUCUUCCGGCGUUCGUUGAGUCGAGAAGCCGGCGGCAGAGGAAGUAUUUCAGGUUCUGUGUUUGGACGCCGAACCAUGCAGUCAAUCAGCAACGAGCAAAAGGCGUCCAAAGUUCUUGGAGUGGUGUUUUUCCUCUUCGUGGUCAUGUGGUGCCCGUUCUUCAUCACCAACGUUCUGGUGGUGGUUUGCGAUCCUGAGGUUUGCGACCCAGCGUUGAUGGGAAAUCUGCUGAACGUUUUUGUUUGGGUUGGAUAUCUGUCGUCCGCUGUCAACCCGCUGGUCUACACAUUGUUCAACAAAACGUACCGGGCGGCGUUUCAGAGAUAUGUUCGCUGCCGGUAUCGGGCGGGCAAGAACAAACCGCUGCAGCUGAUUCUCGUGAACACAAUCCCACCGAUGGCUUUCAGUUCAAGUCAGCUGGGAGACAAGUUUAGGAACGGAUUGGCGAACUGUAGCAGCGAAAUGAAGGAUUUUUCUUUGUGUAAAUCGGACAAAAGCCACGGAGGCAAAGACGAAAGCUGCGUGUGAUUAAAACCGUUGGACAAAAGUCAAGGACGAAAGCUUUUGUCCGAUUAAAACCAACGGACAAAAGUCACAGAGUCAAGGACGAAAUCUGCGUGUGAUUAAAACCCUUAUUUCCAGAAAGUCUUCAGGCGUUUGUUGAGUCGAGAAACCGGCGCAGAGGAAGUAUUUCCGGUUCGAUGUUCGGACGCCGAACCAUGCAGAUAAUCAGCAACGAGCAGAAAGUGUCCAAAGUCCUCGGGGUGGUGUUUUUCCUCUUCGUGGUCAUGUGGUGCCCAUUCUUCAUCACAAACGUUCGGUUGGUGGUGUGCGUUCCUGAGUUUUGCGACUCAGCACUGAUGGGACGGUUGCUGAAUUUUUUCGUGUGGGUUGGAUAUCUUUCAUCCGCGGUCAACCUGCUGGUCUACACCAAAUAAGGUGUCUCUAGGAACAGAUUGGCGCACUGUAGUGGAGAAAUUAAAGAUUUUUCGGUGUGUAAAUCGGACAAAAAUCCCGGAGGCAAGGACGAAAGCUGCUUGUGAUAAAAACCGUUGGACAAAAGUCAAGGACGAAAACUUUUGUCCGAUUAAAACCGUGGGACAAAAAUCAGAGAAGAAAGCUGCGUGUGAUUAAAACACUCGUUCAUGGUGUAUUUUAACGGAUUAUUAAAUCUUGAACUCUGGUCACAUCGUGGAUUGUGGAAAGUGCCAAAGACAAAGUGCCUCCAGGUCAGGAUUUUAGAAAACACUAGAGGUUAUGAGAUGAAGUUGGGAAACUAGAAUAAAACAUUUGCAUUUCAGUGAAUUCUGGAUCAGCUGAAUCCAGUUUUAAACGUCCUUAUUAUGACAUUUUGAUAAACCAAAAGAAAGUGCUUGUUCAAUGGAUUAAAAUCUCUAAAAGUGUUUAAGAGUUUUAGAGCCUCCUCUAUACUAGGGAAAUUAGUCUUGGAAAAACAUAUCAUUUCACUUUUUAAAGAGCUAAUCAAUAGAGUCUGAAUGAGAUGGACGGGCAGUGGUAUAAAAGAUAUGAAACACUCUUUGACAAAGACAAAAAGGUGACAGAAAUUAUCCAUUUUAUAAUAAUCUCUUUGGACGAAUUGGUAAAAACUAUUAUGAGGUUUUUUUCCGUGGAUGUUUGCACCAGUCAGGUUGCCUCUACCUCCCAUCAUAUAUAUAUAUAUACAUUUCUUGUGUGGAUAAACUGGGAUUAUCCUGGAUUUCCUGCAACUUUAUCCAAUGUUAGAGACUAAGGAUGACACCGGGACUCUGCAGAGGUCAAAACAAGCGAGAAGGAAAGAGGGUUAAAUAUUACGUCUGAAAAAAUAUAUUUACCAGAGACAAUCUAAAUAAAUCUAUAUUUGUACUUGUGCAGAUUUAUGUGAAUAAAUGUUAACGAUUGUUGAAGUUUUGUUAUUUACAAGUGAAGGGAGAUUGUUAAAUUAAAUUAUAUUGGUAGGAAAUUAAGAGGAUUUAACUGCAGAUGUUUUUAUUGUAAAAGUCACACUUUUCCAUUGUGUUCAUCUUACACUCCCCAUAAACACACUCAUGGCUUUUGAUUCCAGAGACGUUGAGGUUUUUCGUCAGUUUUUUCUCGUUGUAAAUUGGUUUGAAUGUCGUUUUGAAAUGUGGACAAAAGGUGGAUUAAUGAAUGAAGGGAUCCAUGGAUGUAUUAGCAAUGUUCGUCAGAUUAAAAGUGUUUAACUUGGACCAGAAAGCAGCAGUGUUUUAGAUUAAACGCUAAAUAUAAUUGAGAUUCUGUAUGACUGCAAACAAAGCCUAAAUGGUUGCAAUUGACAAACACUGACUUAAAACCGUAGACUGUUUUUUUCUUGAUUACUCUUCAACGUUGGUCUUUAAAUUGUAGUGGAGGAACUUUAAAUUAUUGUUGGAACCGCUAAUUGUCCUAUUUUAUAUAGAUAUCCUGAUAUAAUAUAUAUAAUUAACACUUCCAACAUCAUCAGGACAACGACACACCAAACAAGCUCAUAUUUGAUCCACUUUGAAAAAUAUGGUAUAUAUAU